GUUCUAUAUAUACCAAUCGCAACGUACGUAUCGAUCUCAUCGAUCAUCACACAGAACAAAUAUGGAAUACACCACCGGUGACAUGACCGCCGCCGCAUCAUCAUUGAAGACUCCAUUCUCGCCGCCGUCUUCAUCUGCUGCCUCGUCCCCAGCCGCCGUGUCUCCCACGAAGACGAGGAGUUCCUCUCCGGUGUCGUCGUCGGUUGCCGUCGUCUCUCCCUGCGCGGCCUGCAAGAUUCUCCGGCGGAGAUGCGUGGACAAGUGCGUGCUGGCGCCCUACUUCCCGCCCACCGACCCGCUCAAGUUCACCAUCGCCCACCGCGUCUUCGGAGCUAGCAACAUCAUCAAAAUGUUGCAGGAGCUCGGUGAGGAUCAAAGAGCGGAUGCAGUAAACAGCAUCGUUUACGAGGCGCAAGCGAGGAUAAGGGAUCCGGUGUACGGCUGCGCCGGCGCGAUAUGCCAGCUACAGAAGCAGAUAAGUGAGCUGCAAGCGCAGCUGGCCAAGGCGCAGGCCGAGAUCUUUAACAUGCAAUACCAAAACGCCAGUUUAGCGAACCUGAUUUGCCUGGAAACGGCGGCGGUGGCGGCAACAACAACGGCGUCGGGCAUCGGCAUCCAAGAAGAACAACUGCCGUACUUUGACAACGUUGGAUCCUUCUUUCUCGAAGAUAACUGUGCAGCUCUGGAGCCAAUGCUUUGGACAUGGAAAUGACAGACCAAAAUCAUAUCAUUAAUUGAAUCAGACGACAAUCAGUUAUUAGUUUAUUAUCAUUGGCCAAAUUGGUGUUGUUUGGCACAUUACUUAGUAUAGUAACACCAAAUAAUAAUUAACAGGACUCAAUCAGCUAGGAUCAAAAGGUAAACUUCGGCCAAAACACAUAUCAAUAGCAGUUAAAGCUACAGUUUUCUUGUAAAGUUAGACUCACUAUAUAUACUUCUGUAGUUGUAUCUCAAUUUCUUUGUCCGAUCUAAUAUUGCAUUAAUUAGUCAAUUUAAAAUAAAUUUUGAUUUAAA